UCUCUACUGCGUGCGGCUACAAGAUUAGAUCUGAAUUGCCGCUGCGGUGGCGCAGAUCGGGGAGUGGCAGCGAGAUCGCCGGCGAUGCAGUUCUUCAGCGGCUCCUCGGUGGUUGACGUCAGCCUGUCCCCGACGGCGCCUCCCGGGACGGCCACUGGCCACGCCGGGAACAACGCCAACGUGCUCUACAUCUUCAACCGCAACGGCGUCUGCCUUCUCUACCGCGAGUGGCACCGCCUCCUCCGCACCCUCGAUGCCAGCCAGGACCAGAAGCUCAUGUUCGGACUCCUCUUCUCCCUCCGAUCCUUCACUGCCAAGAUGGAUCCGGUCAGCGCGGAUAAGGGCAAUCUCGGGGUGCCACUUCUUCCGGGCCAAGGUUGUUCCUUUUACAGUUUUCGGACCAAUACGUAUAAACUGAGCUUCAUGGAAAGCCCGUCCGGGAUAAAGCUUAUUCUAAUUACACACCCAAAGACUGGUGAUCAUAGAGAAUCUCUGAAGCAUAUUUACAACCUUUACGUGGAGUAUGUUGUAAAGAAUCCUCUAUACGUCACUGGGACUCCAAUCAAGUCUGAACUCUUCACUACCAACCUCGACCAGUAUGUGAAAACAUUGAUCUAGCUUGCUGAGGCAAUUUGAAGCAUAGAUUGGAUUCAGAUUUGUGGAAAUGACACAGUCAAGCUUUUUCACGUUAAUUAAUAUUGCAUAAUACAAAUUUCUACUUGUUCUUCUUGUAAGUGGCAUGGGAUUAGAUGAUUUAGACAUCAGACUCAGAUUAUGUGAUCAUCUUUUUUGCUUCUAAAUUACUAGUUUUUGCAUUUGCAGA